AUGGGUUUGCUUACGAUUAUCAAGAAACAAAAGAGAAAAGACCGAGAAUUGCGUUGUUUGGUGCUGGGGCUCGACAACGCGGGCAAGAGCACGCUGGUGGAGCGGCUAGUGGAGGCGAGCAAGGGCGCGGAGGCGGGCGCGCAAGCGCCCGCCGUUGCCCCCACGGUGGGAUUCCGGAUCCACACGCUCGUCCUGGACGACCGCAACGUGCAAUUGUGGGACGUGGGCGGGCAGUCGACGUUGCGGCCGUACUGGUCGAACUACUUUGACAAAACGGACGUGCUGGUGUGGGUGGUGGACGUGGCGGCGGCCGCGCGCGCACACGAGUCGCAACACGAGCUGUGCGCGCUGCUGCGCGACCGGGACCGGCUGGGCUACAACUGCCGGAUCAUGGUGCUGCUGAACAAGACGGACCUGGUGGACGCAGCGACGGCCGCGGCGCGCACGGCCGCGUUCCAGCGCGAGCUGGACGCGGCCCUGGCGCUGGACAACGUCGAGCUGACCACGUACGCGACCAGCGGCGCGACGGCGGCGGGCGUGGACGCGGUGCUGGCGGGGCUGGCGGGCCCACGUGACACCUGA